AUGUUACUGAGGUUCUUUAACCGAUCAGUCCAAUUACCCGCACACACUCACAGGGUCCAGCAGUUGUGCAAACUUGCUGGGGGCAUUGAAACGACGGAUGAAUCCCAUAGAUUACUGGAGGGUGUCGUUACAAGUCCCCCAAAUUAUGUUCCAUUGACACCGAUAAGUUUCUUGGAACGAGCAGCAAAUGUUUUCAGCCAUAGAACUUCGGUUGUGUUUGGGUCUUGUGUGAAGUAUACUUGGGAAGAGACAUAUUCUAGGUGUCUGAAACUUGCUUCUGCUUUAGUUCACCUUGGCAUUUCUAGGGGAGAUGUUGUUGCAACUCUGGCUCCUAAUAUACCAGCAAUACAGGAGCUACAUUUUGCAGUACCAAUGGCAGGAGCGGUUCUUUGUACAUUAAAUACACGCCAUGAUUCAUCAACGAUAGCUGGUUUGCUAAGACAUUCAGAAGCGAAGAUCAUAUUUGUUGAUCAUCAGUUACUCCAAAUUGCUCAAGGGGCACUCGGUCUUCUUUCAAAAGACAAAACAAUUAUACCACCGAUUCUUGUGCUAAUCCCACAAUCUAAAAAUUCCUCUCAUCCUUUACUUGAGACAUCUUACAUCCACGAAUAUGAAAAUCUCUUAGCAAGUGGGAGUAACAACUUUACAAUAAGGUGGCCAAAAACUGAAAUGGACCCUAUAAGUGUGAACUAUACUUCCGGCACAACGUCAUCAUCCAAAGGAGUUGUGUACAAUCAUAGAGGCGCAUAUCUCAAUGCAAUUGCUAUAUUUCUUGUUUGUGGAAUGGGUCCGAUGCCUACAUACCUUUGGACAGUUCCAAUGUUUCACUGCAAUGGAUGGUGCCUGAUUUGGGGAAUGGCUGCACUUGGUGGCACAAAUGUUUGCCUCAGGAAUGUCUCCGCAAAAAAUAUAUUUGAAAGUAUUUCUCUCAAUAAGGUUACACAUAUGGGUGCAGUACCAACUGUCUUAAAUAUGAUAGCAAAUUCUCCGUUAAAUGAUAGGAAGCCACUUACACAUAAGGUUGAAAUACUUACCGGUGGAUCAUCACCACCUCCACAUGUCCUUUCCAAAAUGGAGGAGCUUGGCUUUAGAGUAACUCAUGGAUAUGGAAUAACAGAGGCUUAUGGUGUAGCUACAUAUUCGUUAUGGAAGCCUGAGUGGGAUUCUUUGCCCCUCGAUGAACGAGCUGUGCUUAAAUCAAGACAAGGGGUGCAACAUCUUUGUAUUGAAAAAGUUGACGUUAGAGACCCCGAGACCAUGGAAAAUGUGCCAGCUGAUGGAAAGAGCAUUGGUGAGAUUGUGUUAAGAGGAAAUACUGUGAUGAGUGGAUAUUUGAAAGAUGCUAAAGCAACCGAAGAAGCUUUUAGAGGUGGAUGGUUUCAUAGUGGUGAUCUUGCGGUGAAACAUCCAGAUGGGUACAUAGAAAUUAAGGAUCGAUUGAAAGACAUUAUAAUUUCUGGAGGUGAAAACAUAAGCACACUUGAAGUGGAAAGAGUUUUAUAUAGUCAUCCAGGAGUUGUUGAAGCAGCUGUGGUCGCACGACCAGAUGAUCAAUGGGGACAAACACCAUGUGCAUUCAUAAAACUAAAGGAAGGAUUUGAUGAAAUUAGUGCACAAGAAAUAAUCAAGUUUUGUAGAGAUCAUUUGCCUCAUUACAUGGCACCUAUGACAGUUCUUUUUGAAGAUUUACCCAAGACUUCAAUUGGCAAGGUCAAAAAAUUCAUCUUGAGAGAGAAAGCAAAAGCUUUGGGCAGUAUUCAUUAA